UGUAAGCUCAAAGAAACCGGAAGCACAUGCUCCUGUGUUCAUCUUCUGUAUUCAUCCCUGAUAUGUCACGACACAAGCAGACUUUGGUUUGUUUAUUUGUAGACUUUUAGCCACAGAGAGGACAAGAUGGCAGCGGUAGUGGCUUCACUUGUAACCCACACGGAGCUGGAGCCUGACCGCGGUGGGAGCGAAGAGGAGAGCCGAGGGGCCGCCGAGGCUCCGGAGGAGGGCGGCCAGCAGCAGGCGACGGUUCCCGCGGCUACCGGGACUCACAACCGGUUGUCCAAACUCCCGCUGGCCCGCAUCAAGGCCUUGAUGAAGUCGGACCCAGAUGUGUCCCUCGCCAGCCAGGAGUCGGUCUUCAUUAUUGCCAAAGCCACGGAGUUGUUUGUGGAGAUGAUCGCCAAAGAUGCUUUGGUGUAUGCACAGCAAGGGAAGAGGAAAACGCUGCAAAGAAAAGACUUGGACAACGCAAUAGAGGCUGUGGACGAAUUUGCAUUUCUGGAAGGUACGUUAGAUUAAACCGAACAUCAAGACAUGAAAACACCACAUGAAAACACCAUCUUUUUAUUUUAUUUCAUGGACUAUAAAGUGAAAACAUCUCUACAACUUUUUUAAAACGUCACCAUCAGUUUGGAUAGUUUCAUUUGGUGCCUAAAAGCUGUGUACAUUGAAUGUAAAUACAGUAUUUGUGAAAUCUUGCUAUUCGUGAAAUAAAUGUACAUU